AUGAGGCAAAAGCGAUAUUUCAGUAAGGGCGACCGAUCCGAGAAACUGCUUCAUUUCAUUAAGCAGAAAAUUUGCAUGAAUGGUCCGAUGAGUGUGGCUGAUUUCAUGCGUCUGACCGCUGUAUCUCCCAUCGGCGGUUACUAUUCGCGCCAUGGUAGUGAAAUAUUUGGCAAGGAAGGCGAUUUCAUCACUGCUCCCGAGCUGAGCCAAAUCUUCGGCGAACUUAUCGCUGUGUGGUGUUACCACGAACUCGCCAAUACAGGACAUACUGGUGAAUGGCAGUUGGUCGAAAGUGGGCCGGGCACCGGACAGUUAAUGCUCGAUUUGACGCGUGUCUUGAAACAGCUUAAGUUCUCAGUAUUCAUAUGCAACGAAUUUCUGGACGCUCUGCCGAUAAAUCAGUUUAGGAAAGAUGCUGAAGGCAAAUGGCAUGAAGUUUGUGUUGCGCUCGAUACAAAUGAUAACCUGUGUUUCAUGUUAUCGAAAGCCGAAAAUCUGCACACCUUGAAAGAUGCUGAAGGCAAAUGGCAUGAAGUUUGUGUUGCGCUCGAUACAAAUGAUAACCUUUGUUUCAUGUUGUCGAAAGCCGAAAAUCUCCACACCUUAGGUUUGUUGCCGAAGAAAAUCCGACAGGAUCAGUCAGUGAAAGAGUGGGAAAUCAGUGUUGACGCUGGUGUCUACGUGAAUCAGGGACAUCAACUUGUUCAUCCUUUGGAAAGCCCGGGAGAACAUGAUUUGACGGCAGAUGUUAACUUUGGGCAUCUGAAAAACAUCGUGGAAGACCGGACAUUGGUCUACGGGCCGAUCGAACAACGGGAAUUCCUCGCACAAAUGGGAAUCGGUUUGAGGCUGGAAAGAUUGCUUGAAGGUUGUAAAACGAAAGAAGAAAGAACAAAUUUACUUAGAUCUUCCGAAAUACUGCUGAGUGAAGAGGGCAUGGGAACACGAUUCAAAUUCAUGAGCAUGUUUCCGAAAACACUGAAGGAUAUCCUGGAGAUGAGAGAAGGGCCAGCGGGCUUUGCUGCUUCUAGCACUUUAUAA